UCUAACCUUAGCAGUCUAGCCAGUUACAACCCGUGGACCCACAAUGGCGGAUGAUGAUUUCUCCACUGCUGAUGCUGGGGCCUCUACAACAUACCCAAUGCAGUGCUCUGCACUGAGGAAGAAUGGCUAUGUCAUGCUGAAAGGACGUCCCUGUAAGAUAGUUGACAUGUCUACCUCCAAGACUGGCAAGCAUGGACAUGCAAAGGUUCACCUUACUGGACUUGACAUCUUUACUCAGAAAAAGUAUGAAGACAUCUGCCCGUCUACCCACAACAUGGAUGUUCCAAAUAUAACAAGGAAAGACUAUCAGGUACUUGAUGUGGCUGAUGGUUUCUUGGCUCUGAUGGAUGACAAUGGAGAAACCAGAGAGGACCUUAAAUUACCAGACAGUGACCUGGGAAAAGAGAUUGAGAAGAGGUUCACCAAUGGGGACCAGUUUAUGGUCUCUGUGUUAAAAGCUAUAGAUGAAGAGCAUGUAGUGGGGACUAAGACCAUGACUUCCUAAUAAGUCAAGGACAACGCUGGAGACCUCACAAUCCUAUCCUCCAUUAUGGUUUUGGAGCCUCACCAAAGCUACUGGCCUUGGCCCACACACCUCCACCAGUUUUGCUGCUGUCAGCUAAAAUCCAGAAACUGGAUGUGGUCAGCUUCUUCUCUAUCUAAAGCUCAGACCUGCCUGGCAUUCUCUCUUAACAGUCAUCGUCCCCUUGCCAUCACAGCAUAACUUUGCAGUGGGUGCUGAUAUUAUUCCAGUAUUUCCUACAAAUAUUUCAGAACUGCAUAACAUUCCUGUCUGAGUACUCGUAAUGUGUAUUUGCUUUUAAAUUAACAUUUAAUUUUAAAAUGUUUUCAGAUACCUGUAAACAUACCUUUAUGUUUACAGGUUAGAUGCUGUACCCGAUUUAUUCUCUUUAAUGUUUCUCAUAAAAUAAUUCGAACUUGGCUGGCUGAUAUUUGCUCCAGCUAUAAUCCUUGCACAGUUAAGAGACCCUAAAGCAUUAACAUUGUUAGUAGCUUGACUAUACCUGCCUGCCUUUACAAGUGAUACACAGGCAUCUGCAUGCGCAUUCAUGACUAGUAUACUCAUGCCUUAGCAGCUAUGAAUUCAUGUAAAUGAGAAUUGUACUUACUCAUGGCAGGAUUUUUACAGCUCAUAGCCAGGUCUCAAGAUGGGCCUUUUUUUUUUUUCUCUUUUUUUCUUUUCUUUUUUUUUUUUCCCUUCUUGCAGUCUCAGCUGUUAUGAAGCUGAACAGGCCAUAAUGGGGUGGUUGGGUGGGGCCAUAUUCUCCUCUAUGCUAUAUAACUUUCCUUUCACUUGAGGCCUUUACAAGCUAACAGAUGUAUAGAAACUGAUUUUAAAAGAACAAAACACUUAAAAACGUGCUAUUUAGUCUCUCUUUUUAUUUUAAUUGCAACAGUUUAGUCUGUAUUGAAAAGUACAUUUUGCAUUCUCAGAAUGCUACUGAUAUCAUUUUUCCUUUUUUGGGCAGAAAUUGUCAAAAUAUUGUAUGAUGUAGCAACAUCUGUGGAAGUUAUACUUUGAGUUAUCCAAUUCUUGUUGUGACAUUCAUGACGAGCAGAAAUUAGAAAAGUGGGAAAAUGGUAGUUACAGAGUAGUUGAAUAGGUAGGCCUAUUGUCUAGUCUAAAACUGCUCACAAGGAGUUUUAUUACAUAAUGCUUAGGUUCAUUACUUAUCCAUUCACAAACUGUUCCUAGGAGACAUCAGGUAAUGGCAGGAAAUCAGAAUGUGUUUACAUGCACUGCUUCAAUGUUGCUGGAGAACCUGCAUUUAAAUGCUGGUAUUGUUGGUUUUCUCCCCUACCUCCUAAUGGAAAAUUAAAACUGAAUGCAGUGUUUUGAGAGUAUUAGCAUUGCUAAUUAAAUUUAAAGCAUUGCAGUCAGCUUUGUUUUUUUUUCUUUCUGUUUUUGUUUUUUGAGCUGAGCGUUUGGACACUGUUUCAAGAGUGUACAAAAACCCUCCUGUUUAGCUGUGUAAAUGACUUAAUCGGACUGGUUAGAGGGUAGGUUUUAGUCUACCUUUCGGUUUUUGGUUACAAGUGUCCUAGCUAUUAAGUUUUAGUCAUGAAUCUUUGUUUUUGUACAAACCCUGUUCAAACCUCAGUUAAGCAAAUGCAUUUAAAACUGUAGCUUUCUGUAGUCUAAAUCCCCCAGUCCCUUACACCAGGUAUAGAAAAUGUUUACAUGAUGUUAGAUCAUUGUUAAAAAUUUACAACAACCAGACUUCUUAAAUUUAUGUGAACAGAGUUUGUAAUCAACAUUGGAAGGUAUUCUUUUUCCUUUGCACAACAUCAGCUGCUCUGUAAUGUUGUUAUUUUAUUAUUGUUUUGUGUUUUUGUUGCUUCAAUUUUCUUUUACAUCUGUCAAGUUCAGUAUUCUUUUACAUCUGUCAGGACACUAAAGCAGCAAAGUGUGUUUUGUAAUAAUUUCAGCAUCGAUUUAGUUUCUAUUCAUACUGCACGUAUUCAGUGUGCAACCUGGUGUUCUAAAACCUUUGUUCCCUUACAGCUAAACUGGAAUGGACAACAUAAAAUUUCUCCAACAGGACACUCUGCAGUUUGCACGAUGUUCAAAGUUGGCAUAAAGAAGCAGGCUGGCAAGCAGGGAAAUGAUAUCCAGGAGUUAGUCAGUGAAACCAGGGACUUUCCACUUAGUUACAUAUUAAGAUUUGUUGUUAUUCAGUGGAUGGUUGUAGGUGCAAGUACUACUUGGUUGUGUUUACAAAAAAGAGAUGUUUUGCUUUACAACUGGUUUUGAUUGGUGGUCUGAAAAUGAGCAAUAGCAAUGCAAGUAAAAACAUUGAAAAGAUGUUAUUUUCAAAGGCUUUUGAGAAAGGUCACAAAUGUAAUCCCGAAGAAAGCGUUUCCUGCUAAAUGCGACUGCGAAUGAAUUUUACUGGUGUGGGAACAUAAUUUUAGGAGACAAAACCAUAUUGUGUGAUGCCAGAUGCCCUUCCUGACACAACCCCAAAGGGAUUUGUCUCUCCUCGCGGAGCUUUGGCAUUAUAACAGUGGCUUCCAACUACUUUGGUGUGUGUGGGUGUGGGUGUGUGGGUGUGUGUGUGUGUGUGUGAUCUGAAACACAGUAACAGCAGUACCCUGGAAUGCAAAAAGCAAAGGCUUCUGCCUUAAGACCUUACUAAAUGGACUAAUGGUACAUCUCAUAGUGAGAGGUAACUUCUUCAUGGAGGUGGAAGAACUAGCAAAUCAAAGCUCAAAAAGCAGGAGAAGCCUGUGUAAUUAAACUAUUAGGCAGACUGUGACAAACAAGGGCACAUGCUCGACAGCUUGAAGCCCCUGCUUGCCUUCUCAAGCACACAAAUCUUCUCACAGCUAAAGCCUGCAGAACCUUAACCUGAUUUUUACUCUACUUUAAAAGCAAUAAACUGAAAAAAAUGUGGUGAAAAUGUAACCUGUCCAUUACAAACUACAGUAAACAUUCGUUUGCAGAAAUAAAA